AUGGCGGGCAGUAGUCCUGCUGUAGAGCUCCCAGAGAUUGUCUCUGGCAGAGCGCAAUUGCCAAUUGUUGAGCAUCACACCAAGCUAGAUGCUGUGAAUCGAGAAAUGGCCGAUCAAGCUACACGCAUGGAACAUGAUGUCUCUACUUGGCAAGCUCUCAGAAUGCAUCGAGCCGGGGCACUUUGGUCAGUGUUCUUUUCGCUGUGUAUCAUCAUGCGAGCGUACGACAUCGAGAUCACUGGCAACUUUUAUGCCCUGCCGGCAUUUCAAAAACAUUUCGGCCAAAAGUCCCCUGGAGGUGGCUAUCAAAUUCCAACGCAAUGGCAAGUGGCAAUGUCUAUGGGGCCUAUAGUAGGACAAGUUGUCGGGGCCUGGGCAUGUGCUAUUCCAAUGGAUCUGAUAGGACGAAGAAGGACAAUGGCACUGUAUCUUUGCUUUACCGUUGCCUUGGUAUUCAUGCAGUUCUUUGCGUCAAACAUUAUUGUUUUGACGACAUCCAUGUAUAUUGCCGGUCUGAUCUGGGGAGGCUAUCAUGUUCUCGCACCUACUUAUGCAUCUGAAGUGCUGCCGCUAUCUCUUCGGGGAUAUUUUACUGGCUACGUCCAGCUGUGCUAUACGAUUGGACAAUUCCUUCAAACGGGCAUCACCAGAGGUCUGGUGAAUCGACCUGACAAAUGGGCGUACAAGAUUCCCUAUGCUGUUCAGUGGGCAUGGCCUGUCAUCCUAUUGAUUGGUUUGAUCUGGGCCCCAGAAUCGCCUUGGUGGCUGAUGAGACAGAAUCGACUGGAUGAGGCUAAGAAGGCUCUUGACAAACUGACGAGUAAAGUUAUUCAGGACCAAAAUUUGAAUACCUUAGCGAUGAUGGCUCAGACAGACCUGUAUGAGCGCGAACAAGAAACUGGUACAACUUACUGGGAUUGCUUCAAGGGAUCUAACCGCAGACGACUUGAGAUUUGCUCGAUGUUGUUUGUGGUGCAAAAUUUUUCUGGUAAUCCCACUGGAUUUGCUACCUAUCUGUUUGAGCAGGUUGGGUUAAAUGCCGAGAAGGCAUUCGAUAUGGGUGUCGCCUUGAAUGGAGUAUCAUUUCUUGGAACCCUUUUAAGCGUCUUUCCGCUAGCUUGGUUUGGGCGACGGACCUCUUGGCUAUUUGGGCUAAGCUAUUCUGUCACUAUUCUCUGGAUCGUGGCACUCUUAUGUUUUGCCAAGGACUAUAGCUCUACGCCUUCUUACUCAUGGGCUCAAGCGAGUAUGCUUGUUAGCCUUCAAUUUGUGUUUGCUCUGACAAUUGGUCCUCUUGGGUUCAUUAUCUCGAGCGAGGUUCCAUCAACAAAGCUGCGAGCAAAGACGCUGUCUCUCACUGCAACCAUAAACGGGCUAUCAUAUCUUGUUCUUGAUAUUAUGGGGCCCUAUUUCUUGAAUCCGGGAGCACUUAAUGCUGGUGCAAAGAUCGAGUUUGUUUUCGGGGGCAUUUCUGUUUUCUCUCUCAUCUGGAGUUAUCUGAGACUUCCAGAGACCAAAAAUAGAACGUAUCAAGAGUUAGAUAUCAUGUUCGAUAGAAAGGUACCCACAAGAAAGUUCAAGACGUACCAAGAGUUUGAAGGAGAGACUUGA